AUGGAGACAGGCACGCACUGCGCCGAUACGUCGUGCAACCGCCUCUCGUUCCUGCCCAUCACCUGCGCCUACUGCCGGAGCGAGUACUGCGAGUCCCACUUCCUACCGGAACAGCACAGCUGCGCCGCCCCGGGCGCCCUCGACUCGACCCUCAGCGACACCGAGCUCGUCGAGCGCUUCGCGCGCUCCUCGUCCUCCGCCAACCGCGACGCUUCCACGCCGGACCGACUGCCGUGUCAAAAGAGGGGAUGCAGGAAGUUUAGCCUCGAAUUGGCAGCAUCGCCAUCGUCGUCGUCGUCGUCGUCGUCGCCCCAGACCGGCACCUCUACCGGGGCGGGCGCGGGCGCGGGUAUCAGGCUAGUCGAUGGAGCGGGCGGCAGCAGGACGGUCCAGCCCGCCUCGACCGCGGCGGGUCCGGGCAGGCCGUUUUCGCAUGCUGCGCCGAGGUGUGAGCGGUGCAGGGGCCUGUUUUGCCCCAUGCACCGCUCCGCCAUCGCCCACGGCUGCACCGCCCCGCCACCACAGACCGAGGGGCAGGCGAGGAUCAAGGCGGCAGAGGAGCGCAAGAAGAAGGCGGCAGCGGUCCUCGCCAAGCACUUUCCCAACCGCAAGACCUGA